AAAAAAUGUAGAAGAUUUCACUGGACCUAGAGAAAGAAGUGAUCUGGGAUUCGUCACAUUUGACAUUACUGCAGAUCUGCAGAGUAUAUUUGACUGGAAUGUUAAACAAUUGUUUCUAUAUUUGUCUGCAGAAUAUUCAACGAAAAACAAUGCUCUAAACCAGGUGGUCCUUUGGGACAAGAUCAUGUUGAGAGGAGAAAAUCCAAGGCUGUUCUUAAAAGACAUGAAGUCAAAGUACUUUUUCUUCGAUGAUGGAAAUGGUCUCAAGGGAAACAGGAACGUCACUUUGACUCUCUCCUGGAAUGUUGUACCAAAUGCUGGCAUUCUACCUCUUGUAACAGGAUCAGGACAUGUGUCUGUACCUUUCCCAGAUACCUAUGAAACAACAAAAAGUUAUUAAAUUAUAAUACUGAAUCCUAAGCAAGAUAUUUUUAUACUUGUAUAUUGUGAAUAAAUUUUAUUGCGGUUACUUCUCACAUCCCCUGCAACCCUUCAGUGAAAGGUACUUAUUUUCCUCAGGUCUAACAAUAUAGGAAAAGGAAAUGAAAGUUCAAGGUUUUUUAAAUAAAACAUUGAAGCUGAAUCUGAAGGGAAAGCUAAAUUGCAGACUAAUGGUUUUGGGGGGAAAACUGAGGAAUUUUUUUUUUUUUUUUUUUCUCCUGGCCAUCUGGGUAUAGAUCUCCUUUUCUUUUAAAUAAACAUUUUUAAACCAGAAA